AUGCGAGAUCAAGCCCGCAUCCUGGGCAGGGCCGACAAAAAAUUGUUUGGACAACUAGGCAUCGAUGGGAUUGUAGAGGCGUUUGGACUUCGGGGUUCGCCAGAUCGGAAAAUCUUAGUGCCAAGCCCGUUGGCAGCAGCCGCUCGGUCCCAGUGGUUCCUAGCAUUUACCACGUUCUUCACAUCUCGCGAGGGUCAACUCUUUGAUAUUGUGGAACAAGCGAGAGCGCGUGCACAAGCAGAGAUGCUGGACAAACUAGUGGGCAUGGCUAUGCUCAUAGCAGCCACGACCAUUUUCUUGUAUUAUACACUAUGGACUCUCUUCAUGCCAUUUGUCGACGAUGACCAUCCGCUUCAAGCACUCUUUCCUCCUCGUGUCUGGGCCAUACGCAUUCCAGUGAUCCUCACUCUUCUCGCCUCGGCCGUUGUCGGUACAUUCCUCGCGAUGGUCAUGAUCAGAAGCAACAGAAAGAAGGCGGCAAAGGCACGGGCAGCAGCAGCGAAGAAGUCGAAAUAG